GAGAUGUAGCGGAAGUCCUAACCCCCGCCCCCUCGCUCCCCCUCCGUCCAUUGGUGUCUUCAGGGUCUCUCCCGUCCAUAGGUAGUCUCCACAAUGAGUGUCCAUUGGUGUUUAUGAUGGCUGGCCCCCCCUCCCACUGGCCGCCUUCGCCCUGCCCACGUCUUCUAUGUCUCGGUACGUCCAUCUCCUGACGUUCAAGUUCGCAGGAACGUCACGUCCGCACUUGAACUUGCAGCUCAGGGGGGGCACUCCGGACCCCCAUCACUCUCUUCUGGCGAACAAGUCAUGAGGAGCUCCGCAGAGCGCGCAGCGUCUCGUUCCGUGUGACCGGCGCGUCUUCUUCUCCCAGCCUGCCGCUUGUCGUUGAUCGGAGCAAGCUCUCGUUGUUGUUGCUGUCGGAUGCCAGAAGGAUCAAUGAAGAUAUUCCACUCGGACUUGUUCGCAGAGGAUUUCCCAAUGUGAAGAGCCCACUCUGAACCAACAUGUCUCGCCGCAAGCAGGGCAAACCCCAGCAUUUGAGCACACGGGAGUUUUCACCUGAGCCGCUGUCAGGUGUUUUACCAGGAGAGGACUCUCAGGACUCCCCCAGGCUGGGUGUAGCGCAGGGUGAGCCCCUGAAAGGGGACCAGGACCUUCUGACCUGCGGACAGUGUCACACCCGCUUUCCCUUGGGUGACAUCCUACUGUUCAUCGAACACAAACGGAGGCAGUGUCAUGCCAGCCUUUGCCUGGACAAACCUUUGGACCGUCCACCUUCGUCCCCACUGGCCUCGCCUCUCUCAACGUCCUCCUCGCACUCACGGACCCCCCUUCAGCACCCACGAAGGACCUCUCACCCCGUAGAGGUGGCCGUUCAAGUGUCGCCGUAUGACGAGGAUUGUUUAUCUGCUCCGUUGCAAGGAAUAAUCCCCAAGCAGGAGAACAUCACAGAUAAAGAUGAGCCCAGCAGUUACACCUGCACCACCUGCAAGCAGCCCUUCACCAGUGCCUGGUUCCUGCUCCAGCAUGCGCAGAACACCCAUGGAUUCAGGAUCUACCUGGAGAGUGAGCCGGGCAGCCCUCUAACCCCCCGCGUGGCUGCUGCUCCAGGAAUGGGUGGUGAAUGUGCCUCCUCCCAGCCUCCGCUCCACGCCGUCCAUUUGGCUGACGGAAGUCCAUACAGCUUGCUAAGAAUGCCGGGCUCUGGUUCGGGCCGGGAUUCUGCAUCCACUCCUCGUGAGGGACGGUAUCCUCAAACCCCUCCGCUAUUCAGCCCGCCACCACGCCACCAUCUUAGCCCUGAUGAGCUGGCGCUGGCCACUCACCAUCCCAGUGCUUUUGACCGGGUGAUGAGGCUAAACUCCCUGCCACAUGAGCCGCCCCCAAGCAUGGACUUUUCCAGACGGCUACGCGAACUGGCAGGAAAUGCCACCGGCGCUUCUCCUCCGCUCUCCCCGAAUCGGCCCAGCCCUAUGCAAAGACUGCUUCAACCGUUCCAGCCUGGGUCCAAGCCUCCAUUUUCAGCGACGCCGCCCCUUUCCUCUUCCCAGUCACCUUCAGGUUCUCGCUCAACCCCCAACGCGGUGUCAAAUGCGGUUCAGCCGGGUACCCCACUCAAGGCCAAGUCUUGUGAAUUCUGUGGGAAGACCUUCAAAUUUCAGAGUAACUUGAUUGUUCACCGGCGUAGCCACACAGGAGAAAAGCCAUUUAAGUGUCACUUGUGUAACCAUGCAUGCACCCAAGCCAGCAAACUGAAACGGCACAUGAAGACGCACUCUCAGAACAAGUCACUGGUUCUAAAUGCCAAGUCUGAUGAUGGCCUUUCAACUGCCAGCUCUCCCGAGCCAGGUACCAGUGAGGUAGUGGGCAGUGCCACUGAUGCGCUCAAGUCCGUGGUGGCCAAGUUCAAGAGCGAGAACAAUGGCCUGCCAUCUGAAAAUGGAGAUGAAGAGGAGGAGGAGGAGGAGGAAGAAGAUGAGGAGGAAGAAGAGGAGGAGGAGGAGGAAGAGGAGGAGGGAGACGAGGAAGAAGUUGAAGGGAAGCAUGUGAUUGGGGAAGAAAGAGUGGAAAAUGACUAUCACUUCAGCCUGAAGCUUGAAGGGGCCCGUCACCAUCAGAACAGUGAGAUACUGCGUCCACAUCGUCGUAGCUCAUUGAGGGACCCUGGCGAUGAGGACUCGGCGAUGGAGUUGGACCGUGCAGAAGAUGGGACGACACUCAAUGGUCUGGCUCCGCUGUCCAAUGACAGCCUUUCCCGGAAGCUAUUGGGCGGAGGGAUAAGCCCUAACUCACUUAGUCCCCUGUCGAAGCGAAUAAAAGUGGAAAAGGACAUUGACCCACCCACUCCAACCAUCACAAACACUGAAAACGUCUACUCCCAGUGGCUAGCGGGAUACGCUGCCUCCCGACAACUCAAGGACCCCUUCCUCAACUUUUCAGGCGGGGACUCCAGACAAUCGCCUUUUGCCUCAUCCUCUGAGCAUUCGUCGGAAAACGGGAGCAUGCGGUACUCCACCCCUCCCGGGGAACUCGAGGUGGAACGGACAGCGUCAGGACACAGCGGUACCGGGAGCGGGGCCAGCACACCCCACGGCGGCAACGGAAAUGGUCGGCCCAACUCCAAGGACGGCCGCCGCAGCGACACCUGUGAAUAUUGUGGCAAAGUUUUCAAGAACUGCAGCAACUUGACUGUGCACAGACGUAGCCACACAGGAGAGAGACCCUACAAGUGUGAGCUGUGCAGCUACGCCUGUGCCCAAAGCUCCAAGCUCACCCGCCACAUGAAGACCCACGGACAAAUGGGCAAAGACGUUUACAAAUGUGACAUCUGCCACAUGCCUUUCAGUGUAUACAGCACUCUGGAGAAACACAUGAAGAAGUGGCACAGUGACCGCCCUCUGGCUAAUGACAUUAAGACCGAGUAGGCGGCGAGCAGCGUGCUGGCAGUUCUCUCUUAGCUCGUCUGGCUUAAAAGCGACCCCGGCUAACUAGACAAUGAUUGAGGAGAGAACAACAGGGUCUGACAAAACAUGAACACCCUGUCGUUACCCCUGGAAUAAAAGCUAAAUGCAUGAUACAUCAUUGGGGCAAUACUAUUGCAUCAGCGCAAAACUUUUUGAGCCUUUCUCUUGUGCAAUAAUUUACACGAUUUGUAUUUUUUGUAACUGGACAGCAUGCUUGGUGUGUUUUUGGCUUAUUUUCGUAGAAGGCGAAUUGUCUUUGGCUGGCAGGUUUGGUCGUACUUGUGUCGCCGUCGAUGCUUAUUACUGAAUUUCCACGUUUAGUUAGGAGAACCCAUGCUGAAUACAGUUUCUACUGUUUUACAUAUCAUGUACAGUUUUGUGUUCAAACGCCACCAACAUGGUCACCGACGUCAAUACAAGCAGGGUUAGCGUUAAAACCGAUUUUUGUGAAAGGGUUUUUUUUUUCCAUGCAAAAUAGAGAUAAGAUGUAUAUCUAUAUAUGUAUAUGACUAUAUGAAUAGAAUUGGGCUGCCUAUCAAAUCCUAGGUACUAGCACCGUGAAAUACUUCUCUCACCAACAGCAACACUAUGGUGUAAAAAGUGACAACAGAGUGCCUUGGAUAUUUUACCUGCAUCCAUUGUUAAUCCUCCUUUUAGGUUGAAGUUUCAGCUGCAGAAGAUUACAGGACAUAUUUGUGCACAUAUGGAAUACGCAGGUCCUUGCAUCAAGCACCUGUGCGACCCCCGUCGCGUUGCAACUCCGCAGAGCAUCAGAAACCAGCUGAAACAAAAAACGGAAUAAUCCUGCUAAAUCGAUUAUCUGCCUGUGUAUUGGUAUUCCCGGUAUGGUACAUGCCUGAAAUUUACUUUAGCAAGUAGAAGUUUGGUUCAGUGUUUUAUGAUUUCUGGUGCGUCCGUACCAUUCUGAAGCUACUCUAAGGAGUCAUUUUAUCCAACGUGAAAGCUCUUUGUUUUUCAAAGCUGUAUUAAUUUCAGUGAAUAUUAAACGUUUGCAGUCUUUUUUUUUUUAUUAUUAUUAUUAUUUCUAGCACAAGAUUUUUUAUUUUUCUCGUCAGCCAACCAGUGAAGCCAGCAGUAAUUUGAAGACCACAGAGUGGUUUAUCGCAGCCAGGCAGAUUUGUUUUGGGUGUAGGUUUAGGUGGGUGUAGAUGGUCAGGGUAGUGAGUAGCAAAUAGCUUCACCGUGUGUCUCUACAAUUCAAAUAUGUGUCCUCAUAGCGCUUUUUAUUUUCUCUCAUCUUAAAACAAACCCCACAAAAUUAAACCACAUUUAACAUAGAUAUUUACUUUUAACACCAUCAAUACCAUAUCAGUAAAAAAAACAACAACUUUUUUUUCUUCUAUUGUAUUGUAUAGUAGCUGAUUUUUUUAAAUCGCUUUCCCUUGUGGUUUUUGAAAAUAGCACUUGUCACUCUGCCUCAGAUUCUGUAUCUGUCUCUCUAAUCGGAGGUACAGUUGGUUGAGUAUAAAAUAAGGACCGGAUUUGGGAUCUGGAACUACCUACGUGCACUGUUUAAUUUCCCCAGUUUACAGCUGGACACUCGAGGGAAAACUCUUGUGAUGACAGAUAACUGUGGUGUUUUCGCAUUACAUUAUAGAAAAUGGUAAAAAAAAAAAAAAAAAAAAAUUAAAAUAGUAAAGAAAAAAUGAAAAAAAAAAAAAGAAUAAAGAAGCCAGCCAUAUCUCCUCCUGAAAACUAAAAAUCUGUUUAGUUUAACUGCCAUAGCUCAAAACCGCUUCAUACUAUAGAAAUUAAUGGAUCAAUAAAUCUGAGUUCAACAAACAUUUUAAAUAUCAUCCCAACAUUGUUAGUAAAGCUUAUUAUUUAAAGGCUUUUUUUUAUUGCUUUUCUCGUCUUGCUGACAUUCAGGACUAGAUCACUAUGUAAUUAUUGUAAUAAAUAUGUCUUUUAUAAUUAUUUUUUUUUGUUGCCUUUAUUAUUUACAAGUCUUCAGGUUGAACAAAACUUUUGCAUUUUGGGAGAGAUUUAUUGAAUAUAAAUAUAUAGAGAGAAGUUAAACACAUAGGAAAACACGCUUGUGUAAAUUCCUAACAUCAACAUACACUUAUGGUCUUUUUUCUUGUAUUUAGAAUGGUAUUUGGAAUUAAUGUUCACUUAGUGUAGGCACUUAUUGUAUUUAUGUUGAAGCCUGUAUUUUGUAACUGUUUUGCCUGUACUCUUAAAGGUUUCAAUGUAUUCUUUUUUUUUUCUGUAGUGAAAAAAAUCCCAACAAGCUGCCACCGUAUAUUUUCCUAAUUUGGCAGGAUAAUACAGUGUGAAUAAUUUGUAUGCUUGAAAAUAAGUAUGUUAAAAAAAAUGAAACGUGGUGUUCCCCAAAGGGUGAGAGGUCAUGUGAUGGCCUUUUCAGGCAGUCCCACUGGUGUGAAUCCACGGUGAGGUAAAACAGGUGGUUGUACAUAUAUUGUUGGUUUUAUAUAUUUUUUUGUUUUCUUUCCUGCCAUUUUAUAUGCAGUAAUACAAGCUAUUGUUGGGUUUUUUUUGGGAGCCAACUUUUUACUGUCCUUAAACAUCUACCACCUGACAACAUUCCAGCCAUUUUUGAAGAGAACUUUAAAAGAAAGUUUUGUCAUAUGCAAUCAAUCCAAUGUCAAUCUGAAAGAGCAUUUGUUCGUUAUUGCUGGAGUUUUUCUUUCGUUGUUUUUUUUUUUUUUAAUAUGUUUUGCUGUUUAUUUUCAUUGCCAAAAGAACUGUGGUGCUUUAUAAUUUAAAUGUGGUACAUCUCUUAUGCAAGGCAUAUUCUAAAAUGACCCGAGUUCAUGAAAAGAAAAACGUUUGGUACAUGUUGUCGAUGCUAUUGAGGUACCUUGAUGUUUCAACCUGAUUUCGUCUUGUGUUCUCUAGUAACAAGAACAUUUUUGUCUGAACUGAACUUGAAGUUGACCUAUGGCAUUGGUCGACGCUAUUUAUUAUGACGACGUAAACACACACCAACGCACACUCUGUUCAGAACGGAGUCACUGUACAAGAAAUCAGCACAUGGUUCUCGCUCCUGAUGAGUUCAUUUGUCUGUUUGAUGACCAAAGGUCAUUGACCACCAUUCUGCGAGUUCUAGCUCAACAUACAGAUUUUGUCAUGGUUUUUUUCAGUUACGGAGAUGCCACACUAUGUUCAGCUUUUGUCUGCAUUAUUCUCUUCACUAAGCCAUU